GACAACAAUCAACAAGCUUGUGAAUGAAAAGUUUUUGAAGAACUAAUUGAAUUAGAUUUAAUUGUUGUUGAAGAAAUUGGUGAAACUUUUGUGAGAAAUUGCUGAAUUUUAGUAUUCACUUGCUGAGAUUUGUAAGCAGCCGAGAACAAAAAAAACUAUUAUUUUAAUUUCAUAACUUCAGGUUAUUAGAAAUUUAAUCAAAGAAUAUUAUAAAUUUCACCAAAAAUUGUGAAUUUAUUUUUAUCAUUUCAAUUUCAAAUCAUGGCAUUUGAUGAAAAAACAUCAGUAAGGAUCAACGAUAUGACAGAAUUGAGUAUAGAUGAUUUAUCAAAUGAUAUUUUGCUAGUGAUCUUCAAUUUUUUGGACAAAGGUGGUUUAAAACGGGCUGCUAGAGUAUGUCAGAGAUGGAAAGAGUUAAUCACCAACUCAAAAACCCUUACUCAACGCCUAACACUAUUUUUCUCAACUGACGAGCGAACUUACUCAGUCAAUGAAUAUAUAAUACAAUUUAAUAAGUUUCUAGAAACUAAAGCUGCAGAAUUUCCAUGCAGAAAUCUUAAAGCACGCAUUAAAGAACCAAGAACAAUGGAAAUUUGGGAUCAUUUAAUAGACAGCUUUAUAAAGUUUGUUAAAGAUCCUUUAAAAGUUUACUUUUCAUCAGUAUCAAUUCCGGUAGUCCAUCGAUAUAUAGAGACAUAUGCAUCAACUUUGACUCAUUUGAUUUUAAAUUACGAUAGUGAUGAGAAUUCUAUCCAAGAUUUGCCAUUUGAGUUUCCAAAUUUAGUGUCAUUGCAUCUGAAUCAGACACACAUCCCAAAAAGUUUGAUUGCACCAAAUUUAAAAGAUUUCAAAUAUUAUAAAACAUUGAAAAAUGGAACUCCAAUAACAUUGAAUUUUGAUGAAUUUGUGGUAAAGUAUUUAAAUUUAAAUAAGCUGGACACCUGCUGCAUUCCAGAACUUCCUCAUAGUGAUGUAAAAUUCCAACUUACAAAUCUUAAAAUAACAACACCAGAACUUAAUCAGAUUACAUUUAAAAGUUUCAUAAUUUCUCAACAAAAGUCACUCAAAUAUCUUGAAAUCCGUGAACUUGACCUUGAAUAUCGUGAUUUUGUGGAUAUAAUCAUAAAGCACACAAGAAUCGAGUCACUUUGGCUGACUGCUCGAUACAAUACGAAUCACAAACCACAAGAAACCGACGACUUUAAUUAUUCUAUCAAAAAACUAAGAAUCUGUCUGUGGCCUGUGAGAUCAUUUUAUGUUGAAUGGCCGCAUGCUGAGCAUAUUAUUGGAUUACUUAACAAGUUUCGUGGAUUAGAACAUUUGCAGCUAAUGACAAUGGAUAGGAUUGAUAUGAUUUUUGAUCAGGUUGACUUUUCUUGUCUUAAAAUAAUGGAAUUAUAUUUUAAAAAAGGAAAUGAUUUAAAAAGAUUUGAUUUUGCACAAAUUCAGCUACAAAAUUUGGAAGAACUUAAAAUAUAUGAAAUUAAUGAAAGCAUUGACGUGGAAAAUUUAGUAAAAAUUGCAUCAUUUUGUUCGAAUUUAAAGAUUUUAAAUCUUGGAAAAUUAAAUUACAUUAUAAAAAGAACAGAAUUUAUUAAAUUGUCACAUCUUGAAAUUAUUUUUAAAUAUUCACCAAACAUUGUUGACUUUGUGAUUGAAGGAUGUGCAAACCUGUUAAGUUCAUUCAUGUUCAACAUCAAAACUGUGAAUUCAAAUUUGCAGAGAUUAAAAGUUGGAGUAUACUGUGAUAAUAAAAUUCCAAUAAUGCUUGCAAAGUUACAAGGAUCUAAAUUUGUUUGUGAUGUUCAUCAUUAUAAAAUUAUUGGAAUGAAACCUACAAAAUGGUAUGAAGAGGAAUUUGACUAUUUUAAAAAUAUAAGUGAUUCAGAUUAGCUACUGAAAUGAGAAAAUGUUAAGUAAAAUUCAAAAAGUGGAAACUCAGGAUGAAUCCCGAAAAAUCUCAAAAUCUGUUGCAUUUGACGAAUAAUUUCGGGAUUCAAAAUGAAUCAUUUUCAUGUUUAUUGGCUCAGAGAUAUUUUAGGAUGUUUGAUAUUUUUCAGGAUUAAUCCUGAGUUUCCACGCCUUGUUAAAAUUAAAUUUAUUCUCAAAAAUAAAAUAUAAGAAUUUUGUGGUACUU